AUGUAUAUAUCUAAGAAGGCAUUAAAGCAUCAUUUUGACCCCCGUAAGGCUCCACGGGAUGCAUAUCUACUAUGCGAACUGCAGUGGGGUGAGACCGGCACACCUUGGAUACACUGGGUCAAAAAUGACCGUUACCAUGCUGAAGUCUACUUCCUGGAGAAGAUCUUUAAGAUGAGAAGAUCCAAUAAUUAUGUCAACUGUUCCAUCACCUGGUACUUGUCCUGGAGCCCCUGUGUGAACUGCUGCCGUAAAAUACUGAAGUUCUUAAAGCAGCACUCAUAUGUGAACAUAAAAAUAUAUGUAGCACGGCUUUAUUACAUAGAUGAUGAUGAAAUCCGCCAAAAUCUGAAGAACCUUGUGAGCUUGGUGGAUGUAACCAUUGCUGUCAUGGACAUUGAAGGCAAGGUUUCCCAUGCUUUGUGGGACUGGGAAGGGGUGAAAUGGUGA